GCUCAAAGAGACUUCUCCCACACCAGCCCGCCACCAGCUUCUCUUAAUCUUCGCCCCCGCGCGAGGCCGCUUCCUGCCCCACCACGGCCGCAAUUGCGUACCGCCAGCUCCAGUCAAGGCAGCUGAGCGAACCUAAUUCCGACCUCUUCCGGGGAGCAGCCUGAACGGCCCAUCUCACCCACCAUGUCUCUCAAGAAAGUGCUCGGAAAGCUCAAGACGGGCAGCCACAGCAACCCCGCCUCCGACGAUGAGAGCGCCAGCGGCAUCAAAUCACCCCGCGCCGCCAACGGUGGCACCGCGUCACCCCGAGCAUCCGGCGUCUUCGCACACCGACCCAGCGGCGAGUUCAAGCGGGGCCUCGACAGCCCCGCCGCCUCGCAGCCGCUCUCGCCCGCCGACAGCAGGACCAGCUUAGACAAGCACUCGAAGAACGACAGCGGCAUCUUCCACCGCCGUACCGACAGCCCCAGCCGCAGCCGAACCUUUGGCUCCCGGCAUGAGCGCUCUGGCUCCGGCGUCACCCACUCGCCCAUCCGCGCAGUCAAGGAGAAGCUGCACAUUGGCGGCGACUCGUCCAGCGAUGGUGACACUCCCCUCAACCGCGAGGGCGAGCCCAUGUCCAAGAACCAACUGCGGAAGCACGAGAAGCAGGCACAGCAGGAGGAACGCCGCCAGGAGAUCCUGCAGAAGGAGAAGGAGAUUGAGCACAGGAAGAAGGAACUCGAGGCCCAAGCCGACGCUGAGCUCACCCCCCAGCAGAAGGCCAAGUACGGCAUGAUCCCGCCCAACAGCUACGCUGCAGGAUGGAAGCACGAGUCGCGCAUGAGCAUCAAGGACUUCUCGGCUGCCGAUGUUGGCAAGGAGGUUGUCUUCCGCGCCCGAAUUCACCACAUCCGCAAGAUGAGCGCCAAGUUCGUCUUCUUUGUCUUCCGGCAGCAGCUUGCGACCAUUCAGGGUCUCUUGGUUGAGCAUGCGGACAUCUCCAAGUACAUGCUCUACUGGGCUGAGCAUCUCGAGGCCGAGAGCAUUGUGCUGGUCAAGGGUGUUUUGCAGGCGCCGAACAACAAGCAGGGAGAGGUCACCGGCGCUAACAUUCAUGACAUUGAAGUCGCUGUGCACGACCUCCAUGUCGAGGCUGCUGUCACUGAGCACCUUCCUUUCAACGUCUACGAAGCUGAGGUCACACAAGCCGAGGUCGAGGAGGAGCUCGCACGUGCUGACCACAAGGAAGGCCAGAGCCGCGUGAGGAUCAACGACCGAACGCGCCUGAGCAACCGUGUCAUCGAUCUGCGGACAACAGCAUCCCAGGGCAUCUUCCGCAUCCAGUCCGGCAUUUGCAACCUCUUCCGCUCUCAACUAGACUCCGAAGGCUUCAUCGAGAUCCACACCCCCAAACUUCAGGGUGGUGCGACCGAAUCCGGUGCCAGCGUGUUCAAGGUUGAGUACUUUGGCCGCGGCGCUUUCCUCGCCCAGAGUCCCCAGCUGGCUAAGCAGAUGUGUAUCUCCGCCGACUUUGGCAGGGUUUACGAAAUCGGCGCUGUGUUCCGAGCAGAGAACAGUAACACAUACCGCCACUUGACCGAGUACACUGGUCUUGAUUUGGAAAUGUCCAUCGAUGAGCACUACCAUGAAGUACUUCGUGUUCUAGAUCGUACAUUCAAGAACAUCUUCAAGGGUAUUUACGAGCGCUACCGUCCUGAGAUUGAGGUGGUCAAGAGGCAUUUCCCCCACGAGGACCUCGUCUGGUUAGACGAAACUCCCAUCAUUCCCUUCGCCGAGGGCAUUCGCAUGCUCAACGACUCCGGCUAUAGGGAUGAGGACGGCAACCCCCUGGACGAGAACGAAGACAUGGGUACGCGUGAUGAGGUUCAGCUCGGCCGUGUCAUCAAGGAGAAGCUGGGCACUGACUACUACAUCCUUGACAAGUUCCCUACUAACGCAAGACCAUUCUACGCGAUGCCGGACCCGAACGACCCCAAGCUCACCAACUCCUUCGACAUCUUCCUGCGUGGACAGGAGAUUCUGAGUGGUGGCCAGCGUAUCCAUGACUCAGACCUGCUCCUUGACAAGAUGCACCGACUGAAGGUCGACCCUCAGACUAUGGAGGAGUACAUCCAGGGCUUCCAAUGGGGUGCUCCACCCCAUGGAGGUGGCGGUAUCGGUUUGGAGCGUAUUCUCAUGCUGCUCUUGAACCUUGGCAACAUCCGACAUGCUUCGCUGUUCCCUCGCGACCCCAAGAGCUUGCCCGAGAAGGCCAUCAUCAAGCAGCUUCGUCAUCCAGAAUCCAGCACAAUGCACCCGCCGUGGGAAGGCCAAGACCGAGCAGCUGCAGGGAUUGACUUCCAGCCCAUCACCAAGCUCAUCGCCAAUUACGGAGAUGCCACAAACACCUCGUGGCUGGAGCCUCGCACAGAGAUCUGGCGAGACGAUUACACAGGCGCUGCCGUGGGCUUCGUGCCCCAGGAUGGCUUUGCGAUCACUGUUGGUGACCCUCUUUGCCACCCAAGCCAGUACUUGAAGACUAUGACUGGAUACCUCAAGUAUAUCAAGAAAGAGCGCAACCUGAAGCCGCUUUGGCUGCUGGUUGGCCGGGAUGUUGAAGAGGUGCUCGCCUCCAAGUUUAACUGGAGGACCUUCUCCGUUGUUGCGGAGCAGCGUGUCGACCCUGCCCACAACCCUGCAUUGCACGACUCCGAUGUACAGCGCAAGGUCCGCCACGCCGAGAAGGAAGGCGUCAAAAUCACCGACUUCACCAUUGGCACCCCAGUGCCCGAGGAAAUGAAGAAGAAGGUCGACGCUCGCGUGGAAGACUGGCUCAAGGGUAGGAAGGGCCGCCAGGUGCAUCUCACCAACAUCCACCCCUGGCAGGACGAGGAGCACCGACAGUACCACAUCGCCAUGACGCCCGAUGGCACCAUCGCCGCCCUCGUCGUCAUGGCACAGCUGAGCCCCGACCACGGCUGGCAGGUCAAGUAUUCGCUCGACUUUCCGAACGCACCCUCGGGCUCUAUCGAGCACGUCGUGCUCCACGCGAUGAAGGUCGUAGCCAACGCCGGCGCGACCACCAUCACCUUUGGCGGCGGCGCGAGCAGCAAGUUCACGCCCGGCCACAACGUUAAGGGCACCCGCGUCAAGGUGUUGUCCCGCGCAUACCAGGCCAUCGCCACCGAGCUCAAGCUCACCAACAAGACUGAGUUCCGCGAGAAGCUGGGUGCGACUGAUGACCCGAGUUAUAUUUGCUACCCGCCGCACGGGCUGGGCCCGCUGGCAAUCAAGGCCAUCUUGAACUUCUUCGAGGACGAUGAUUAGAUGGGUGGAGAUAGACGGAGGGGGAAGGGGGAAGAGGAAGAAGGGUGGAGGAGGAGGAAGGC